GUGGUUGGACGAGGUAGAGAAGGAAGAGGGAGGGGCUGCCACAGCACCAAGCAUGGAGGAGACAGAUUUAUUUUCACUUUUGAGUGCAGGACCUCUCCUCUGGGGCUCACAGUGGUUCUGGGCUGGAACUUGGGUGGUGGCUAGAAGGGACGAGAGUGAGUCCAGAAGGUGGACGGUUGACAUGGAUACCCUCGCGCUAGAGGCCGCCAUUGGUAAAAAGCCAGGUAACGGGUCAGCGGCUGCACCUGUACUGGCCCCCCCACCGGUCAAACGCAAACCUGCUAAAAAAGCUAAAAAGGCUGUUGUUUUCUUUGAGGUGGAGAUACUUGAUGCCAAGACCAAGGACAAGCUCUGCUUCCUGGACAAGGUGGAACCAAAUGCCACCAUUGGGGAGAUCAAGUCUAUGUUCCACAAGAGCCAUCCUCAGUGGUACCCAGCCAGACAGUCCAUUCGCCUUGACCCCAAAGGGAAAUCGCUAAAAGAUGAGGAUGUUCUACAGCAGCUUCCUGUGGGAACCACAGCAACGUUUUACUUCCGAGACCUGGGGGCUCAAAUCAGCUGGGUCACGGUCUUCCUGACAGAGUACACAGGACCACUUGUUAUUUACCUGAUGUUCUACUUCAGGGUUCCCUUCAUCUACGCUCCCAAAUAUGAUUUUACCACCAGUAAACAUUGGGUAGUACAUCUGGCCUGCAUGUGUCACUCUUUCCACUUCGUUAAGAGGCUGCUGGAGACGCUGUUCGUCCACCGCUUCUCUCACGGCACCAUGCCACUGCGCAACAUCUUCAAGAAUUGUACGUACUACUGGGGCUUUGCAGCAUGGAUGGCCUAUUACAUCAAUCACCCGCUAUAUACACCACCAAUUUAUGGUGAGCAACAGAUCAGACUGUCCCUUAUCUUAUUCCUGUUCUGUCAAAUUGGCAACUUUUCCAUCCACAUCGCGCUCCGCAACCUCCGCCCGCCAGGCUCCAAGACCAGGAAGAUACCCUACCCAACAAAGAAUCCCUUUACCUGGAUUUUCCUGCUGGUCUCAUGUCCCAACUACACUUACGAGUUGGGGUCCUGGCUGGGCUUCACGGUGAUGACUCAGUGUCUGCCCGUGGCUUUCUUCACCUUGGUGGGUUUCAUUCAGAUGACGGUGUGGGCCAAAGGAAAGCAUCGCAGCUACCUGAAGGAAUUCCGAGAUUACCCCCCUCUCCGGUCACCCAUCCUUCCAUUUGUCCUCUAGACGACCACCUUCAUGGCUGCUCCUCCAUCCAAAUUGUCACAACCUGCCCCUCUCCACCCAAACCUUUAAAGCGUGUCAGCUCCCUUUGUUUCGGUCCCUAUUUAUUCUACACUGGAAUGCCACUGACUGAAAACAUGACUGCUCCCUUCCUUCCUAAACCAAUUUUUCUGCUGACUUUCUUUCAUCGCUAUGUUCCUAAAGUGUUUAAUGAAUCACUGGCUUUAUUAUUUAAUUUUUUUCUUUCUUUCACAUGCUAAACAAAUCAUGAAAUUCUGCCUGGUUAUUCGAACUAUUUUGCAUCUCCGGAUACGUUCUGACUUUCAAACAAACCCGUGUGCACUGAACGGCUGGCAUACGGUGUAGCGAUCAUGACAGGUCAGAUGUGUGUUUUAUCCAGAAAUGUACAAAUUGCUCUCCACAUCCAUUCAUCUGAAAAAGUAAUUUAUUAAUAAAAAGGAACCAAAUCUG